CAUUUUCUAGAGAAUAUAUAUAUAUAUAUUCCCCAAAGCAGAAGCGCAGAGAUACACAUGUGUGCCUCUCUCUUCCUAAAUCUUUCUUGAAACGGGGUUUUGUUCUGAACUAGCCAACCGCACUCAUUAUACCAAGCAAGCUCCUUUUUCCCUAUAUCUCUCGUUCUGUUUUUGGGUUGAGAAUCACUACACGCUACAAGGUUAAGCCCAGCACAGAAAAGCUGAUUGCACAAAAGCAUAAAGUACGCUUUUCUAAGAGAAAGAAAGAAAUAUUGGGAGAAAUGGUGCAUCAUCAUCGUUAUAAUCUGUUGAAAAAGGGUGGAGAUGAAGAGGCCGGGACACUUCUUUUUCUUUAUUACAGGAGAAGAAGGCCUAAUCUUUUAUCCGUUCUCUUUCUUUCUCUUCUCUCUUGUACCUUCAUAUUGGCUCCUCACUUGUUUAGCGCUUCUUCUUCUUUGUCUCAUCUCUGCUCCUUCGGUGUUCAAAAUGAAGGCUUCGUUGGUAAUAUUGAUGUAAAUGCUCCACUCUGUUCCUCCAUACCUAAUGGUAGAAUCUGCUGUGACAGAAGCCAUUUUCGUUCAGAUAUAUGUUUUAUGAAGGGUGACGUAAGAACACACUCUCCCUCCUCUUCAGUUUUUCUUUAUUCAUCAAAAAGCAACAAUGGAUUCAUUAGUUAUGUUUCGAGUAUGAUUGAUGAUGGAGAACAAGAGGAACAUGAUGAACUUCAACAUGAAAGGAUCAAACCGUAUACCCGAAAAUGGGAACCAAGUAUAAUGGAUACCAUUGAUGAAUUGGACCUUAUCUCAAAGAGAGCAAAUUUGGGUGUUCACCAUCCUUGUGAUGUGAUUCAUAAUGUUCCCGCAGUUAUCUUCUCGACCGGAGGCUAUACCGGCAACCUUUACCAUGAGUUCAACGAUGGGAUUAUGCCUUUGUACAUCACUUCACAGCAUUUCAACAAGAAGGUUGUGUUUUUUAUUCUUGAUUAUCGUAAUUGGUGGGUGAUCAAGUAUGGUGACAUCAUUUCGCAUCUCUCAGAUCAUCCCGUAAUAGACUUUAUCGGAGACAACAGGACGCACUGCUUUACUGAGGCAAUCAUCGGUCUAAGGAUACAUGAUGAGCUCACUGUGGACACUUCAUUGAUGAGAAGCAAUGAGAGUAUUGUUGAUUUUCGAAACCUUCUGGAUAGAGCAUACUGGCCUAGAAUUAGAGGUUUGAUUCAGGAAGAGGAACAAGAAACAGUAGAUAAGAAAAUGUCCACAAGCCCAACAUCAGGAUCUGUAUUUGAUUAUCAAGCAAGGAAACCAAAGUUGGUGAUCUUGUCUCGAAAUGGUUCUAGAGCUAUAAUGAAUGAGAACAGUUUGGUGAAAACAUCCGAGGAAAUGGGGUUUCAAGUUCAAGUCCUGAGACCUGAACGAACGACAGAGCUAGCAAAGAUUUAUCGAUCACUUAAUUCAAGUGAUGUCAUGAUUGGCGUCCAUGGUGCAGCCAUGACUCAUUUUCUGUUCAUGAAACCAGGCUCUGUUUUGAUUCAAGUUAUUCCCCUAGGAACGGAAUGGGCAGCCGAGACGUACUAUGGGGAGCCUGCAAGGAAGCUGGGUUUGAAGUAUAUUGGGUAUAAAAUCAAGGGUAGAGAGAGCUCGUUGUUUGAUGAAUAUGAUAAAGAUGAUCCUGUUUUGAGAAACCCUUCGAGUUUUACCAAAAAGGGAUGGGAAUACACAAAGAAGAUCUAUCUUGAGGAUCAAACUGUGAGAUUAGAGCUCAGAAGAUUUGGGAAGCGGUUGGCACGUGCUUAUUACUGUAUUACUGGAAUCCAUCCGCAAUCUUCUCUCGAGUGACAGUAAUUUUAAUCAUGGAACGUAAUUGAUCAUCAAUAAUAGACUGGCAAGGAUAACGUCAUAUUCUGUAAACCUUUGCUGUAGAAAAUUAAACUUCAAAUUGGCAUGUUUAUUUCGUUAA